AAGGAGACAAGUGGGAGGCGCAAACUGCAUCAUCCGAGGUUUAAUCGAAAGUAAACUGAAUGAGGAAAUAAAAAUAAGGGAAAAAGAAAAAGAAACAAGCACACUAGCGAGACAUACCUUCCUCUGCCGCAACUCUUCGCGUCUCAAGUCCUUUAAAAUACCAGUGGAUUUAUUUAUUGCACUCGUUAAAUUAGAGAAGUUUGCUUCGUCAUGUCAAAGGCAUCAACCCUGAAAAUAAGCAGCGCGAGUGCAGUCAAGGUGGAAAACUUCCGCCAGUCUCUCUAUCAUGAGGCAGAAAAUCUUUUCUCUAAUUUCAUCCCCGUGAAGAUUAUUCAGCUGGAUGCUCUGCUCAGGGAUGAUGCUCUCAGCAUCACAGACAUGUCCUCACUACAGGCUCCACUGGACAUCCCCAUUCCAGACCCUCCUUCUCCAGAAGAUGAGGAAAUGGAGACUGAUAAGAAUGAAGACGAAGAGAAGAAGAAGAAGAAAGCUCCAAAAUGUGGCUUCAUCAAGGGCAACGAGAAGAUCAUGAUGAUUCUAGACAGGGUGAAGCCAGAGAUCGUGGCUCUGAGAGAGACCAUCAUUGUUGUGUCCUGCUGGAUUCAGCACCUCAUCCCAAAAAUAGAAGAUGGGAAUGACUUUGGAGUUGCCAUCCAGGAGAAAAUCUUGGAGAGAUUCACCGCAGUAAAAACGAAAGUUGAUGAAUUUCAGACCAAAAUCAACAAGUACUUCUCAGAGAGGGGGGACGCUGUCGCCAAAGCCUCCAAAGACACUCAUGUCAUGGACUACCGCUCACUUGUUCAUGAGAAGGAUGAGACUAUCUUCUCAGAGAUCAGAGUGAUCGUCCUCGACAUUCGUGGAUUCUAUGCUGAGCUUUACGACAUCAUUAGCAAAAACCUGGACAAGGUGACCAAUCCGAAAGGAGAGGAGAAGCCGUCGAUGUACUGAUGCUGCAGAGGAGAAGGCGAUGCUCCGGAGGAACUACUGGGAUAGACUACCCUCAGCUGUAAUCAAAGUCAAACAACUCUGUGUAGUCAUACUGCAUGAAUCGAAUCAUUAAAGUUUGGCAGAUUAUUCAAUUUUGCUUUAAUAGUCAAAAAACUGAAGAAAAGAUAAAGAUGGUUUCAUUACUGUUUAACACUUGGGUUUUAACAUUUGCACUAAAUUUAACUUGUAAGAAAUAAAAACUCCUUUUUCAGA